AAUGAUAACUUGAGCAAGGGCCGGGCUUAGGGCCGGGUUCGUCAAGGAGUUGGCUAUCAGUGGCCAUGAUCGUUGCGGCCAUUGAUGGAGAAGACACAGCUCUUCCGCCUCUUCCUCGGCGCCGCCGAGAGGAAGAGCAUCGUCAGUGGGAAAUGCCUCCACGCCUACAUCGUCAAAUCCGGUUUCUGGGCCGAUACGUUCCUCUCCAACAGCGCCAUCAAGAUGUACGCCAAGUGUGGCCACCUACCCGACGCCUCUGCAGCGUUCGACGACAUGCUGUCCCGCGAUGUCGUCUCCUGGAACUUCCUCAUCAACUCGUACUCCCAUCUCGGUGCUGUGGGCGCCCCUGUCGUUCUCAACCUCUUCCAGAGGAUGAGGGCAGAGCCCGUCCUUCCAAAUGCCUUCACCUUCGCUGGAGUCUUCACCGCUGCUACCAAUGUCGGUGAUGUAUUCCGUGGGAGAGAGGUUCAUUGCGUUGCUGUGAAAAGUGGGAGCUGCGGUGAUGUCUAUGUGGGCAGCUCUUUGCUCAGCAUGUACUCUAAGAUGGGGCUGCUCUCUGAUGCGAGGAAGGUGUUUGAUAAAAUGCCGCAAAGAAAUUCUGUCUCGUGGGCGGCCAUGAUUUCAGGGUACGCUGCCGAAAAGAAGCAUGGCAUGGAGGCUUUCCAGUUGUUCAAACUGAUGCUGGCCAGACAAGAGAGCGAAGUGAACGAGUUUGUGCUGACGAGUGUUCUCAGCGCUCUCUGCCUCCCUGAGUUCCUUGACAAGGGCCGGCAGGUGCACGGCCUGGUAAUAAAAACCGGAUUGGCCUCGUUCGUGCCGGUCUGGAACGCGCUUGUGACUGUGUAUGCGAAAUGCGAGUGCAUGGACGAUUCGUUCUCUGUGUUUGAUGAAACCUCGGGUGAUGCUGACAAGAAGAAUUCCAUCACUUGGUCUGCCGUGAUCACUGGGUACUCCCAGAAUGGCCAUUCAGACAAGGCUCUGGAGUUGUUUUCUAAGAUGCAUUUGGCUGGAGCUCAGCCCAACGAAUUCACCUUUGUCGGCGUGCUCAACGCUUGUGCUGAUAGGAUUUCUUUGCACCGUGGGAAGGAAGCUCACGGCUACCUGUUGAAACUGGGUUUUGAACUUCAAGUUUACAUCAAGAGCGCUCUUGUUCAUAUGUAUGCACAGUGUGGUUGCAUUGACGAAGCGAGGAGAGCGUUCCAACAGCUGCACCAUCAUGAGGCUGAUGUUGUUCUCUGGAGCACCAUGAUCGGCGGCUGUGUACAGAAUGGAGAACAUGAAGAAGCUUUAACAUUGUAUGGCAGGAUGGAGAGGGAGAGCAUCUCUCCUAAUGAUCUCACCCUGGCUAUUGUGCUCAAGGCUUGCUCCAGCCUUGCUGCUUUGGAACAGGGAAAACAGGUCCAUGCUCGUGUUCUCAAGUACGGUUUCCCUUUGUUUAUUCCAGUUGGAAGUGCUUUAUCCACUAUGUACGCCAAGUGUGGGAACUUGGAAGAUUGCAGGCUUGUGUUCCGACGAAUUCUUCGUAAGGACGUUGUUGCAUGGAAUUCAAUAAUUGCUGGAUUCACACACAAUGGACGUGGAGAAGAAGCUUUAGAGCUGUUUGACCAGAUGAAAUUAGAGGGCACUGAACCAGACCAUGUCACGUUUGUUAACCUCCUCUGUGCUUGCAGUCACAUGGGAUUGGUUGAGAAAGGCUGGCAUUUCUUCAGAUUGAUGCAAGAUGAGUAUUGCUUAGAGGCAAGGGUGGAGCACUAUGCUUGUAUGGUUGAUAUACUCAGCAGGGCUGGACUAGUAGAGAAUGCCAAGGAGUUCAUAGCAUCAGUUCCAAUCGAUCACGGCACGAGCCUGUGGCGUAUCCUCCUAGGGGCCUGUCGUGACCGCCAGAGUUUCGAUGAUAUCGGAGCAUACGCCGGUGAAAGGCUGGUGGAACUGGGCACUCAGGAUUCAUCAGCGUACAUUUUGCUUUCAAAUAUAUAUGCAGCUCGCAACAGGUGGGAUGAUGUGGAGAGAGUGAGGAGAAAAAUGAGGGAGAGAGGAGUGAAUAAGGACCCUGGUUGUAGUUGGAUUGAGUUCAAGAGUGGAGUUCAUGUAUUCGUUUCCAGGGAGCUUCUGCAUCCACAGAUCAAAGAGAUACAAGAACAAGUGAGAAGCCUCACAAAGCACAUGAGGCUUGAAGGCUACCAUACUUGUUUACAGUUGCAUUCUUUUCCUGAAUAUAGUAUUCAAGAACAGGUCACCGAGGAAGAUGAGUUUCAAUUAAUUGAAUCCUGUGUUUCCUGAUUAAAAUAUACUAGCAUUACAUUAUCACAGUUCAAAAAUUCAGAUGUUUGUGGAUUGUGCUAUGUCAAUCAAUUAUUAAAGAGAGUAUUCAGCUGAAGAAAAGCCUGUUUGCAUAAAAGGGUCAUCCUUUUGAUUCAGUAGCAGGCUUUGAUUUUACAAGUUAUG